UGCGCUCAGAGUCCCCGGCGGCUCCGGGCAGGCAGGAGACGGAGCCGGGCUCCGGACAUGGCCCCCAGCGCCCGCGGGCGGCGGUGACUGGACCCGGACCCAGCCCCAGGAUGCCGUGGGGGUGUCUCCGGCUGCGGGAGGAGAAGAACUACAACUCCGUGGGCGACAUCACGGACAAGUACGAGAUCGGGGAGCUGCUGAGUGCGAAGGAGUUCUGUGAGCUGUGCCUGGCCCGCGAGCGCCGGACCGACCGGCUUGUCGUCUGCAAGCGGUUCCGGAAGAAGGACGGCAGGAAGGUUCGACAGGCGGCCCGGAACGAGAUCCUCAUCCUGAAGAUGGUGAGUCACCCCAACAUCCUUCAGCUGAUUGACACCUUUGAGACACGCAGGGAAUUUUACAUCAUCCAGGAGCUGGCGACGGGCGGGGACGUGUUCGACUGGAUUCUGGACCUGGGCUGCUACACGGAGCGAGACGCCAGCAGCCUGAUCCGGCAGGUGCUCGAGGCCCUGGCCUAUCUGCACAGCCUGCACAUCGUGCACCGCAACCUCAAGCUGGAGAACCUGGUCUAUCACACCCAGCAAAGCCGCGCCAAAGUCGUGCUCCGGGAUUUCUACCUGUCGCGCUUCGAGAACGGAGCCAUCACUGAGCCCUGCGGGACGCCCGAGUACCUGGCCCCCGAGGUCAUCGCCCGCCAGCGGUAUGGGCGCCCCGUGGACUGCUGGGCCGUGGGGGUCAUCCUCUUCAUCCUGCUGUCGGGGAACCCCCCGUUCUACGCCGAGGCGGAGCAGGACUCUGGUCGGGGGCAGGACCGGCAGCUCUUCCGUCAGAUCCUAGCCGGGGAAUACAGCUUCGACCCGCCCUACUGGGACGAGAUCUCCCCCGCCGCCAAGAAGCUGGUGUCGCAGCUCCUGGAGGUGGAUCAGGACCAGAGGAUCACAGCGCAGGAGGCCCUGGGACAUGUCUGGAUCGCGGGCAACGUGGCUUCGGAAAAGAACCUCAAGGAGGGGGUCUGUGCCCAGAUCGAGAAGAACUUUGCCAAAGCCAAAUGGCGGAAGGCCAUUCGAGUCACAACCUUCAUGCAGCGGCUCCGCGCCCUGGAGCCUGGCGUCCACCCCCCAAUGUCGCUCCCCGAGGUGACGGUGGACGAGCCCCGCCCCACAGAACCCCCCCCCACGGAGCGACCGAGUGAGCCAGCGGGGCCCACGGAAGAAAAGACGCAAUAACCCCUUUGUACAGCUCCGUGCACCCGGAUCGGACCCAGCGCCCCCUAGAGGGGAAAGGCCCCGGGGCCCAUUCCCAACCUGGCUCUGUCCCCACCCCUGCCCCCAGCUCAGGACCGGCCCAUGGGACUGGGAUGUGCAUGUCCAUCCAUCCAGGCCAGGUGCAUGUUUUCUGAAGAUGCUAUUUUAAUACAGAAAUCCCAGGCUGCCCCCCGCCCCCCUUGGACUUGAUCUUGUCCCCCCUGCACCUACAGGGAGCCUGGAAAUAACAAAAUAAACAGAGAUUCUGUCUCUGGCA